AUGGAGAGAUCUAGAAAGAGACAGAGAGAGAGAGAGAGAUCUUAUUGCCAGAAAACGGGCCGCCUAGCCUGGACAUCGCGUAUUGAGACAGAACCACCCGCUUGCAUCUGCUGGAGCCGGUAUCAACUUAGCGACACAACCAUACAUUUGCAUUUACUGGAGAAGGCCUUGGUCUUGUCGUAUCGCACAACAUAA